AUGGCUGGCAAGGAAGAUGUGGAGCAUGCCCGUCGCUACGAAGCUCCUUAUAGCGAAAGACACCCAAUCCCUACUAUCUCGAAAUAUCGAGAGGAAAAGGAGGCCAGACAGCAAAAUGCACUGAGGAACAAUGCAGAAACCCCUGACCAGCGUCCUUCUCAGACCAAAGAAGGGGAAGCUUGGGAUCACCAUGGCGAAGCAGAAGAUUCUCGGUCUGAGAGCGAGGCCCCGAUCCAGGACACAUCACAAGUUGAUCCUGCCGCAUUCAAUCCACGAAAACAUAAAAAGGAUUCCAAGAAAGAAAGAGCUGAACGCGAGGUCACUGAUCCCGUAACUCAUCUCCCUGUGAAGAUUCACGACUUCACCGACAAUGCUCUCAAAGAAUUGGACGUGAACGAGGAUCCAUUUGAACAGGCGAAAAGAACACUGAGUGGCAUUGAUGAGAAGAACAAGUCUGACGCCGAACUACGCAAGGAGCAAGACCGUUCACAAGGGAGACACGAUGCGUUGAUGAACCAGUUCCCGCCACCCGACCUUGACUUCUUACGCAAGGAAGUCCAUGCUGCAAGCACACGCGGAUUUUUAAUUUCUCUAACCGGUGCAUGUGGCAUCUUGGUUGCAACCUGCGUGAUUCGCGAAGUAUUACUUACCGAUGCGCAACAAGAUGGAGGAUGGGUAGCUGCUGCUCAACGACUAUUACCAUGGCUUGCUCUGAUUAUAGCAAGCGCAGGAGCAUUUUGUGUCUUUAUUUUCGGCGUCAGGGACUGGACUACUAAAAAGGUCGAUAACGCCAUCCAAGACGAGAUCUGGCGCUCACAGCGCCGGCAGAUGAAACACGAGACCAGGAAAUAUGAAAGAGAGACUACUUUGUGGCUCAAUUCCUUGCUGAGCUCAGUGUGGCCGCUCAUCAACCCGGACCUCUUUACCAGCCUGGCAGAUACGUUAGAAGACGUCAUGCAGGCUUCGUUGCCCAAAUUGAUUCGUAUGGUCAGCGUGGAAGAUAUUGGCCAAGGCAGUGAGUCGCUGCGCAUCCUCGGCGUCCGGUGGCUGCCUACCGGAGCAGCUGCACAAGCUGUUACGGAAGAUGGGAAGAUCAUCUCCCAUAAGGAUGAUGAGAGCCGCAACAGUACGGAUCCGGACGGAGGUGAAGAGCCUGAUAAUCAAACCGACAAGUCAGCUUCUCGGGGUAUGGCAGCAGAGGAAGGCGACUUCAUCAACUUGGAGGUUGCGUUCGCAUACAGGACACGGUCGACCAGCAAAUCCUUCAAGGAGCGAAGCAAAGACAUGCACCUCUACUUGGCCUUUUAUCUGCCCGGAAACUUGAAGAUCCCCGUUUGGGUUGAUCUGCAGGGGGCAGUUGGUACCAUGAGGCUGCGCCUACAGCUGACGCCUGACCCCCCGUUUUUUGACCUCUGUACUCUAACACUACUGGGCCAGCCAAAAGUGGAUUUGAGUUGUGUGCCUCUGAACAAACAUGCACUGAAUAUUAUGGACGUGCCGUUCAUUAGCAAUUUUGUUCAGUCGGCUGUUGACGCAGCUAUGGCGCAGUAUGUCGCCCCCAAGAGUCUCACGCUGGAUCUCAAAGAUAUGCUUGCCGGUGAUGAUUUCAAAAAGGACACCUACGCAAAGGGUGUUCUUAUGAUAAACAUCAAGCGUGGUUAUGAUUUCAAAAUGGGAGACUCAGGCAUACCCCUCAUCAAAGACUCUGGGUCAGAUCCAUAUGUGUCUGUUGGAUGGGCAAAAUUUGGCAAAGUACUCUGGAGCACGCGCAUUUUACUGGCUGAAAUGGAACCAUAUUGGGACGAGACUUGCUUUGUGUUGGUCACCCCUGAAGAACUGAACAUCAAUGAAAGACUACGCAUUCAGCUUUGGGACUCUGAUCGGUUCACGGCAGAUGACGAUCUAGGACGAAUCGAGGUUGAUCUUAAGGAGCUGAUGCAAAAUGAAAACUCAAAUGGACGAAUGUGGCAGCGAACAGAUGGCUUUAAAGCGCUGAAAUUUGGCGAUAAUAUGCCCGGAAAACUCGAGUGGAGUGUAGGGUAUUUCUCAAAAGCAAGGAUCCAGAAAUGUCAAUUCGACCAACAGACUCACGACCCAGAGGUUAGAUCAAUGGAUCAGCUUAAAGAAAAGGUCAGCAACAGCUGCGAGCGGAAACUCCGAGAAGCCAUGCUCAAACACGCAUCGUCCGAUCGUGAUGAGAGCGAGAUGGAGCAGCAGAAGAUGCAAGAAAUGAAAGCAGAACAAGAUGCGAUGAUCAUAUCAGCGCCACCGCCAGACGGAUAUCCAAGUGGUAUCUUUAGCCUGCAGAUUCACAACAUCACUGGACUUGAAGUUCCUCACCUUAGCAAAAGUUUGAAGGAUAAGGAUGGCAAUGCGAGCGAUGAGGAAACUGGCGAGGGCCUUCCCAGCGCCUACUGCACCGUAAUUGUUAACCAUAAGAAAACUUAUAAAACGCGGACCAAGCCCCAAAAUACGAAGCCAUUUUUCAACGCGAUUUGCGAGCGCUUUAUUCGGGACUGGAGGUCCUGCGAAGUCUAUGUCUCCGUAAGGGACGCCAGGUUGCACGAAGACGAUCCGCUAUUGGGCAUCGUGCAUCUGCCUCUCAGCGAAGUAUUCAAGGAUCGCUCGCAAAGAAAUGGAUUCUGGCCCAUAUCUGGAGGCAUCGGGUAUGGAAAGAUCCGACUGUCCAUGGUUUGGCGCAGCGUCCAGCUUCAGGCGCCACGCAACCUCGUUGGAUGGCAAUAUGGCACAGUGAAUGUGCAGCCUGUUGCGACGAGCUUAGAUUGCCCCCAAGAUUUGAGAUAUGCGAAGCUGAAACUGAAAACCGACAUCAGCAGCGGCAAAAUGUAUUCUCGUGGGUCUGGGGAGGCGACAUGGGUGACGAGUAAAGAACGACCACUCAAUCUCGCUGUACAAAAAAGAUACAGUGGCUGCUUGUCCAUUGCUUUCAAAGAUAAAAAGGUGCUAGGAGAUAAAGUGUCUGCUUUUAGUGUGUGUUGGCUGAAAGACAUUCCGGAUGAAGAGGAGUUGACACUUGAUCUCCCAAUCUGGAAAGGCAAUUUCAAGAGAGCGACAUCAUGCUGUUUGGAACAAUGCGGUGAAAAGAUUGGGACUCUCAGUAUUAAAAUCACAUUUUGGCAGGGGAUGGGUGCUGCACAUUCCGAAUGGGCGAAUAACAGCGAGCAUAUACGGGAUGUUGUUGAAGUAAUUGAUGCUGCAAGAGAUAAUCUCAGGGAUGAUGAGAUGGAAAGAGCCGCAGGAAUUGUCGACGAGGAGAUAUCGAGCGACAGCGAUAGCUCUGAUGAGCAUGAAUAUAUACCAGAUGGUAGCGCGGACCAUAAGCAAGGCCCCUUGGACCAGCUACGAGAUUAUAAACGGAGAGAUAAAUCCCUACACAGACAACAUCGGGGCCUUAUGCAAUGGAAGUCGGACAACUAUCCCGGCGAUUUUUGUGACCCCCGAGCCAAACCGAAUGGUUCAGGUUGA